CCCAGUACCUCACACACUCACACCCACACCCGUACCCACACACUCACCCGUACCCACACCCCCACCCCAGCACCAACACCAUGGCCGCCUCCACCCUGUCCGUCUGCUCCAGCGACCUGAGCUACGACAGCCGCGUCUGCCUGCCCGGCUCCGGUGACUCCUGCCCCGACUCCCCCUGGCAUGUGGACGAAUGUCCCGAGAGCUACUGCGAGCCCCCCUGCUGUGCCCCGGCCUCCUGCCUGACCCUCCUCUGCACCCCUGCGAGCUGCGGGUCCAGCUCCUGCCCAUCAGCCUGCCCCGGCUCCUGCCAGCCCUCGUGCUGCAGCUGCUCCCCCUGCCAGGAGGGCUGCUGUGUGUCUGUCUGCUGCAAGCCCGUGUGCUGCACCCCCGUCUGCUGCAAGCCCGUGUGCUGCACCCCUGUCUGCUGCAAGCCUGUGUGCUGCACCCCUGUCUGCUGCAAGCCCGUCUGCUGUGAGGCAUCCCCUUGCUCAGCCUCCCCCUGCUGCCAGCAGUCUAGCUGCCAGCCCUCCUGCUGCAGCGCCUCCCCCUGCCAGGAAAACAGCUGUGUGUCUGUCUGCUGCAAGCCUGUGUGCUGCACCUCUGUCUGCUGCAAGCCUGUGUGCUGCACUCCUGUCUGCUGCAAGCCCGUGUGCUGCACCCCUGUCUGCUGCAAACCCGUCUGUUGCCAGGCCUCCCCCUGCUGCCAGCCCAGCCCCUGCAGACCCUCUUCCUGCGUGUCCCUACUCUGCCGCCCCGUGUGCAGACCCGCCUGCUGCUCAUGCUCCUCCCCUUGCCAGUCCAGCUGCUGCCGACAGGCCUCCAGCACGUCCCUGCUGUGCCGUCCCAUGUGCUCCCGCUGAUGGGGCAAGUGACCCUGGGGCGCAGGGCUCAGGCCCCAACCCAGGGAUGGUGGACCUCCCGUCCACCCCCCAGCCCAGCCUUCACCUGUGCUAGGUAGCUGCCCCCACCCACGACGGGGUCCCCUGGAUGUCCACCCUCCUGAGCUGACUUCACCUCCUCCCUCCUAAGAAGGCUGACACUGCGGCUCUCCGGGGCUCCUGCUCCCGGGACGCACCUCCACCUGCCCUGGGUCACCUGCCUUCCCUCCCAGUUCCUCAGCUCGGCUCUGGUCCCCUGGCCUCAACCUACGACCUGUUGGCACCUCCCCAGACCCCAAUAAACUCACUUCACCGGC